UUGCAAAUAUUCCGUCACUUUUCCCUGAACAUACCCGUCUAUUGACAGUAAUUUAUUUACAACAAUGUGUUAAGCGGUAUAUUUUAUUCUCGCACGUGUGCUUUAGGAAUUUUUUGUUAAAGUAACAUUUUGGCGAAUAGUAUUUGUUAUUCCUCAAUUUAAUGGGUUCCACCCGUUUCUUUGUGGCUAAUUUGCCACCUAAUGCAACUGAGAAAGAACUCAAUGAAGUUUUUCAGGAUUACGGCAUAGUUGAACGCGUUGAAUUGAAAACCAAGGAGAACCCAUUUGAACCAGAGAACGUGAAAGUGUUAGCGUUUGUAACGCUACAAAUUCAUCCCAAUGAUGUAAACAAUUGUGUUGAUGCGCUUAAUUGGGUAAAAAUUCAAGGGGCUAAAAUCAAAGUUUCCGUGGCAAAGGAAUCGUUUUUGGAACGACUAAAACGUGAACGCGAAGAAGCUGAAAAAGACAAAACAGCUGAAACAAAAGUCACUUGGAAUGAAGAGCAAACAGAAGCUGUGUUGCCGCGCAGCGCUGAGAAUACGCGCAAAAAAUUUACGGAGGAAGAUUUGACGGCGUUGGAAAAUGACGACGAAAUCGCAGCAGACUUGUUAAUAAGCAAAAAGCGUGCAGCUACGUCAUUGUACAAUGGAAAGAUUGUAAUACAAAACUACGAUACGGCGCCGUUACAUAUCAUCGAGGGAGUGAAAAAGAAAAAAAAGAAGCCGGAUGGAACGGAAACUAUUUCGGAACAGAAGCGUAAGGAAUCGCAAAAUAAAAUGACAAAGCAAUACAAAGAAAAGAAAUCCGUCAUACAGCAGGCGCUUUCCGGCAUGGAUGCACCUAAAUUAAAUAAAAUCAAAUUUAGCGAUGCCGAGGAGGAGGAUGAGUCAACAAGUCCGAAUGAUUUAAAACUUAAAUCCAAAACAAACAUUUUUGGCUCUGAUGGAGAAGAUGAUAAUGAAGCUGGUGAACAGCUUCAACUAAAACCAGAACUUUUUGGUAAAAAAGGCGCUAAGCUCAUAGAAUUGCAAAGCAAACAAAGUCUAGAUCCACGUUUCCGCAUUGAUGCCAAAUUUGUCGAAGAUGAUGAAGAAGAAGAUCAGCAACAAUCGGAUACAGGUGCCCGAACUGGGAAAACUAAUAACAAAGCAAGCGGCGAAGUAAACGAGCGUAGUUGGCAAAUGGGCAUAUUGGAACAGGUUGUGGGCACCAAAAUCGACACCACCGACAAUGCGCAAAAAGCUGCGCGUAAGAAGCGCAUGCUGCGCUAUGAUCCAUCCAAAGAAGAGCAUCAAAAACUGCUACGCACCAGCAACAAAGAAACACAACCAGCGCCCGACGCAGAAGCACAAACAACGGCGGGUAAGAAGAAACAAAAGAAAAAACAAGCAGAAAGUGAAGAGACCACUGUUGCCGAUGCAGGACCAGAAGUCUCAAAAGAGGUUUUCUACGUGGUCACCGAUACGCUGGCAGAAUCGCUCAAAACGCGCGGUGAUGGUUUCAGCUUGCUGAAUAUGUUCGGCAGCGCAGAGGUGCAAGACAAGCGUGCUGGUGAGCUGAAAAAAGUAUCCGAUGCGAAGAUAUUAGUGAAUAAACUGGACAAGAAUGCGUUAAAUCCUUUCAAAUAUGACUCCUCAUCAGAAGAAGAAGGUGAAAACGAGCCACCGAAGCAAACUACGACAGACGGCGGCGCGCAAAAGAAGUCUAAGCAGCAAAAUAAAAUUUUGUUGGAAAGCUUCUUCAUACCCAGAAACGAUGCGCGAUUGAAAGAAGGCGCUAAAUUUUUCCACUAUGAGAAGAAGGACGCAGCAGAGGAGGACUAUGAAGCUGUGCGCAAUCGUUUGAAACUUUUAAUUAGAAGUAAAAUUAAUAAAACUAAGAAAAAUUUGGUUGCCAAUAGUGGCGUUGGUGGGGUGGGUCGCAAAAGACGAAUAAAAGGACGCCAUUGAAUUGGCAACAUUUGAAAAAAUUGCGUACUUUUAUUUCAUAUUAGCUACAUGCAUGCACGUUGUUAAUUUCGUUGACGCGCGCGUUCUCUGCCAGCGUCAGCGCAAAAUUUCAUUUGUCACCUGCACGCAAAUGUACUAGGCGCCCAUAACCGUGCAGAAGGUGGCUGGCAAAUUUGCUUAGCCGUGUCGCGAACCAUCUACUAUGAGUGCGGCCACCAACCAUUACUGCAGCCACGACAACAACCAUUUAGCGAUGGGUCACACUAUUAUCGCAGCAAUUUGCCAAACCGUGGCAAUUAUUGCGGCGGCAAUAUAUUGCUGCUAUUCGGCAAUACGCAGUGCAAAAUGCUUAUCUUUUAGUGGUGGAAUUUGUUUUAAUAAUUUAUUUGGCAUUGUUUUUAAUUCUUUUAAGGAAUUUGACAUUAUUUUCCAAUUC